UUAAGAACAGGUGGUGCAACGAAAUUAAGCUCUGACUUAGUUACAAACUAACUAGUAGUUACUAAGCUCUUAGUGUGAACUUUACUUCCUAACUUACAUGAGAACUUACGCACAGCUGGUGCAACCCUACCCAGUAGAGGAAACGGUGGAGAUACCGGUUUACACACGUGUACCUGAAGCACUGAAGACACAAGCAGAUACUCCUGUAGAAGAAGCAGUGGAGACAGGUAUAACAGACACAGCUUCAAUAGAUCAAGGACUAUCCAGCAGAGCUCUGCAGGAGAGAGCAUUGGAAACUCUAGACGAGAACUCAGCAGAAUCAUCAGGUACAUUCAUCACAGUGAAUGGGGUAGAUGAUACAGUUGAGAUCAUCACAGCAGCCAUCAAGCAUGCAGUAGAGGCCUCUUUUGAAUCCAGACAAGCAGCAGUCCAGCCUAGAGAAGCCACAAGUUAUCAUGAGGAACUUUUAAUAGAAUCUGCCCUGGAAGCUUCAGCUACAAAACCAUCAGCAACUAUGGUGUUGUCCACAGAGCCGACUAAAGAACCCAGGGUAGCAGCCCCAGCAGAGCACCACAGGCUGAACAACGAUGCUGGAGUUAACACUCAUUCAACUGUUCAGCCAGCUCAAGCAAAUCAGGAAGAGGAAUCAAAAAUAAUAAUUGUGAAUGGUAAAACCAUGUGUUCCUUCUGCAAGCUGCCCAUAGAUGGACAUGUGAAAAUCACUGUCAACAUUCCUGCCAUUUGCUGCCAUCCGGACUGUUUCAAGGUUCACUGUUUCAAUCUCUGCCUCCUUGGUGCUCAACCAGCACCUUGUUGUGCUGCAGUGUGAUCAGCAAUUGUGUGGUGUAUGUGUCUUUUACAGUGUGAUGGUUGCAGCAAGCCUAUGGGUGAUCUCUUGUCAUCUAUUUACCACUAUAAUGGGAAAAUCCUCUGUGGGAGAUGCUUUGAUGAAAUAUUCCUCCUCGAAUAAGUCCAUGGCAACCGACUCAACACAACAACCAAGCACACCACUUACUUGUCACCAAGGUUACUUUAAUUCAGCACAGUGAGGAUCAUUUAAAAAUUUCUUUAUUCAUCAGUUGAGGGACUGCUGACAUGGGUUUAUGGCACAUGUGGAAGACUGUGUUUUAAAAUUUUCAUCAUUAUGUGUUUAUUUGCAAGGUCAUAGAUGUAACCAAACUGGGGGCCCAAUGUAAACUUUAAGAAUGGGUCAUUGAAAAGCAAAGAAUGACAACUAUUCUGAAUAUAUUGGGGGUGAGGGAGAGGGGAUAUGUCCCCCUCAGUAUCUAUGGUUUAUGUAUACAUGUCUUCAUAUUCUGACUAAUUACUCCUCUUGGGGAUUAAUAAAGUAUUGCUUCUUUCUAAAGUAUUUUACAUACUAUUCCCCACAGUUGACUCAUGUACAUGUUCAGGAAUCUUGAGUUACACUAACAAUUCAUUUUUCCUAUGAAUUUUCAGGGUCCUAAGUGAACAUUCACCAACAGCCAAAUGCAGAUCAUAACUGGCUAUGGCAAGUAAAUAAAAAGGAAUUCCUUGAUGGGCCGAUAACUUGAUUAGGAACUGGCCAAUAACAUAAUAUUUUGUUUAAGACA